CACCGACCGACUCUUGAACGAAACCAGCAGCCCAUCAGGCGCAGCAGCGGCAGCAGCAACAACCACAGUAGCACAUGCACUCCCCCAUGCUCGCAGAGUGAAGCCAGCCGUCCGUCCUCUCUUGUCCUGACGCACCAUACCGCACCCCAACCCAACUCAACCCAUCAAGGCGCACACCAUUCCUCCCGGUCUUCCCUCACUUCACACACUUUUCAUCAACACAUCUCGCCAUCCAUCCCUCUACCAUCAAUACUACCAACAACUCGCGCGGCACACCUUGGCAUUCUGGUCCCCCCUCUUUCCCGAACUCUAAGGCACGACACAUACAUAACCUUUGCGACGACUCACCUCGCAUUUCCCUCGCACGCUCCAUCUCCCACUCCUCUCCCCAAAACCCGGUUCUAGCCCCCCAACUUUUCUACUUCGCCCUUCGUAGCAGGCUGCAUUCUUUCGCCGCCCUGUGUCUCGUCGCGCAUUGAGAAUCGACCUCAGCGCCCGAUAAUUCCCAUCGCGUCCUGGCCCAUCAAACUGCAUUCUUGUCCACGCCUACCUGAGCCGCUCGUCCCUGAUCAGCGCGAUCGUCACAUCCCUCCCUUUUCCCAUUACAAUUCCAACGCAAUCCCCAAGGCACCACCACGCGCCAGCGCAUGCACCGCACCACCGGCGGAUGACCGGCGAGUAAAGGUGAACCAGGCGCAUUUGCACCCUCAUCGAUCGAAUCCGACUUUCUGACAUGACAUCGAGUCGCGCCAGCCCUUUUCUACCGACAACAACCACAACGAAGAUCGCCAUGGCUGCGCCGGCUUUUCUACAACAAUCGCAACCUUUUAGGUCGUCCAACACCCAAGCCCCAUUCCUUUCGUCCGUCAACCCCUUUGACCGCGAUGCGACGAAACCCGUCGGUACCCCUUUCGCCAACUCGGCCCCCGUCGUAUCCUCGGUUCUGAUCCGUCGUCUCCCGCUGAAUACCUCGGAGGAAUCUCUUCGCCUGAUGGUGGUCUGGUCCAAGGAACUGGUCGACGUUGAGGUGCUUCCAGUGGACCAGUCAGAGGACAUCGGAUUUCGGUCGGCCGUUUUGAAAUUUAGAUCUACCAACGGUGCAAUCGAAGCGAAAAACAUGCUUGAUGGGAAAUCCAACAUUUCCAACGAUGCUAGCAUGAUUGUUGAGGUUUUGGGAGGUAGCCCGACCGCACCAAGGAGAUACGCUGAACCCGCAGGGAACGGGUCGUCUAGUACUACCUCCUCCGCCGCGUCUUCGGCUCCGUCUUCGCGACAACCUUCGCGCUUCAACGGCGCAUUCCAGUCCCUCGAGAAGAUCUCGCCGCCCAUGAACGGUAUCUACGGCUCCAGCGAGCUGCCCAACCCAGACUCGAGUGCACACUACCAGAAUCUGUUUUCACCCCAAUCUCCGAUCGGGAACCAUCUAACGGAGCGAACGCGCAUCUCUGGGAAAUCGUUGAUCAACGACGACGCCGCCGACGAUGACGAGACUGGCGAGUUGCUGAAGGACCCAGUCGCCUACGCGGAAAACGGUGCCACGGCCCAGAGAAGGGCCACCGCCCCACAGCUGCCCAUCUCGCGUUUGGCCAGCCUAUCCCUCAACACCAGCGCGACACCAAGCCCGUCUUCGCUUCCGCAGUAUGGCCAGCAAGGGAUAAGUGCCAUUUCGGCCCAUCCGGUCAUGUCGCCAACCGCCAUGGGCGGGGGGCCACACAGCGUGCCAUUUCCCAUGGGAGGCAAUCAUCCGUAUGGUCGCCACAACUUUCCGCCAGUAAACCCUGCGGAUCAGAACCCGCCUUGCAACACACUCUACGUCGGCAACCUACCCAUUGACACGUCCGAGGAGGAGCUGAAAGCCAUGUUCUCCAAGCAACGGGGAUACAAGCGACUUUGCUUCCGAACUAAGCAGAACGGGCCGAUGUGUUUUGUGGAAUUUGAGGAUGUCUCCUUCGCCACGAAGGCUCUACAUGAACUCUACGGGCACCCUCUGCACAACAGCGUAAAAGGUGGCAUCCGCUUGAGCUUUUCGAAGAAUCCGCUGGGCGUCAGGUCGGGUCAAACCCCGGGCCCGGCCACUUCUCCCAUGAGCGGCAUGAUGGCGGGGUCUGCAAAUGGGUUCAAGACUACCAACGGCCCUCCCCCGGGUCUCGCUGCCCCUCCCGGUCUCGGUACUGGACGGUUCAACGGCAACCCGGGCGCCCAGUCUUAUACUGUUGCCGGUUUUCCGGCGAGCGGUAAUAACAACGUCUGGAACGGAUACAACAGCAAUGCCAUGACAGCCGGCGGACCGGGCUCCCUGAUGAACGGCAACAAUUCGAAUUACCUGCCACCCCACAUGCUAGGGAGGUAGAUGCUACCAUGGACGAGCCGGAACUGCUUGAUAUACGGUGCUCAAACGCAACAUGGCGACACUUGCUGGCGUUACGUUGUUUCAAGCAAGGAUACACGGCGGCAACAGAGCAAGUCGCACGGAAGUUGAACAAUUUGAAGGGCGGCGCUCUUCGAUAUGCUCGGCGCAUACGCAUUUACAUCGGCAUCUGAUCUUUUGCGGCACGAAACAUUUUGUUUUGAUUACCUCGUUUCUCGGUUCAACCACGCGAUUCCCCCUUUGGCCCAGAGCGGCGGUCCUGUUCCACUCGUUUGUAGCACUUUGCACCGGAGUCAUGCGACUUACUUCGUCCACGCUCAGGGGUUUGGGAGAGAAGCAUCAACGGGCGUUCAUCUCAUGACGACUUCGGUCCAAAGAUGCGGCAGGGUGGGGUUUGUCUCUUCCUUUUUCAUUAGCAGCAGCAGCAGUUGUUUCCCUUUUUCGUCUUGUCUCUCUCUCUCCCUCUCACACACACACACACAUACACUCUCUCCCUCUCUCUCUCUCUUUCUUUUGACAUUAGGCGCCGGUCUGGGGUUUCCUUACUUUCAUUCAGCAUGGCGCGUGGGUUGGACAUUUUACUAUGGUAGACGAAAUUGGGGGGAUCUGGUCUCGUGCCCUUGGACUACAAAUACCCCGCGCCAAUGACUCAAAGAUGGAGUUUCUGGGUUUGGCAUGUUCUUCGACGCGUUUGCAAGGCAUUGUGAGGAUCUGGGGCAUCGGGGUCAAGAUUCUCACUAGAGACUGGGAUAUUUAUGAGCACAGCGAUUGGCGAUUCGGUUGUGGAGAGGAAGCAUUGUGUUGACCCUGGGACCAUGGCAUGCAUGAUUUUACCCACAAAAGAAAAAGAGAAAAAAUUGCCUAAAAGCACAGAAGAAGCGAAUGGAUUCAAGUUGAUCCAACAGCAAACCCCCCUACCAAAAAGGCAUGGAACUCAAAGAAUUGCUGGUUUUUUUGGUUGUUGUUUUUUUGACAGGCAACACAUGUAUGGGUCAUAAAAGGCACGGGUCAAAAGAAGACGGGCGUGUGGAGGGAGAAGAAACUAUACGCAACAACGGCAAGCUGUUUGAUAACGACGCCUCAUGGCAGGGCGGGGCGUGUCGUGGGGGCGCCAGGCAAGGCCAAAGCUGUUUCUGGAUGGAUGGCUAUGGGGGGCUAUCUGGCACUCUAACACACCACACUCGCACAAGCUUCAUCAAGCUUUACGGAUUCGCAUUUAUCGGGGUUACUGUUUUGACAUCAAAGAUGGAAGGGAUCUCAUCGACAUCGUCGUGGUCACCACCCGUGGGUUCAGGUCGUGGUACACAAAGGGCUAGGAUUGAGGGAUAUGGCGUCCAACUGUAGGCGUGUCUCCUCGUCCUCGCUGGCAUCAUCGCGUUUCAUUUCGGUCAUUGACUUUUCUUUCUUUCUUCCCAACUGUCGUUUACCCCCUGUCCCUCGCGCUAGUUCGUUUUGUUUCCACAUUGCGAGAGCGAACAUACCCCCUUAUGGGAUUCUCGUAGGCCAAGAAAGGAGUUUGUGAUUUGCCG